AUGAGUGAGGUGACAGAAGUUAAGGGGAAAAAGAAUGUCCAAGAUACUGCUAGUGUAGAUGAUAAGAGGGAUAUGUUCAUGCAGAUAAUACAAAUGACUUUUACGUCUCACGAGGCUGCGUAUGAUUUCUACAACAGCUAUGCUAGAGAUAAUGGUUUCAGCAUUAGAAAGAAUAGGGUCAGACAAGGAAAACGUGACAACAGGUUGCUAACCGAGGAAGGACACAGCCGUAGGCUCAGACCCGAGACACGCUGCCACUGCGAAGCGCACCUGACCGUGAAGCUUGACCAAAAGCGUGGGGUUUGGCGUGAAAUAUACAACCUUUGCGCCAGGGAGAAGAGGAAGCUGCUUUCAAAAGGUGAUGCUGCCACAGUCAUAGGCAUCAUGGUCAGUAGGAAACAGAGGGAUCCUAGCUUCUUUUUCGAGUACAAGCUAGACAAGGAAGGACAUAUGAAUAGGAUGUUCUGGUGUGACUCCCAGUCUCGUCAUGACUAUGAGGACUUCGGCGACGUGCUUGUAUUUGACAGCACGUACAAGAUGAACCGGUAUACGAUUCACCUCAGUCACAAGUCCUUGAAGGAGUUCCGAACUCUUCUGUACUACAGCACGUCCACGGCCACGUUUGAGGAGAGAUGGCACGCGUUUUCCAAAAGAUGGCAGUCGGAAAAAACAGUAACAUGGUUGAGACAGAUGUAUAAGAAGAGGAGACUGUGGGCCGCGGCUUAUCUGACAGAGGGUUUUUGGCUUGGCAUGAAAAGCAACCAGAUGAGUGAAAGUCUAAACUCAUGCCUUCACCUCCACCUAGACGGUGAAAUGACCCUGGUGGAUAUGAUUUUGCACUAUGAGAACGCCGUUGUACGUAUCCGUGAGAAUGAGGCACGAGAUGAUUGCACGGCCUCACAGAGUUUACUGGUGCCAGUUACUAGCUCAAGGGAACUUGAGAUAGUUGCUUCUCACGUCUUCACUCCAGCAAACUUCUAUAUGUUGCAAGCUGAUCUUAGGAAAAUUGGUGGCAUGGAGAUUGUAGAAAUAAAGCUCGGAGACGGAUCACAGCAGUACAUCGCGGCCUGGAAGAAUAACCGAAAGAGCCGUUUUUGGGUGGAGUACACUCCAGUAAAUUCCGCAGAAACUAUAAGGUGCAGCUGCAGAAGAAUGAUUCGAAAGGGUCUACCUUGCAAGCACAUAUUCCAUGUACUGAAGUACUUGAAUAUAUCUGAAAUACCAAAGUGUUUAGUUUUUGUGCGGUUCGCGAAAGACGCAAGGUUGGGACUGCCCGCCAGGCGCACAAGCGAUCUGUUGGGAUUUGGAUGGACUGGAGCAGCUGAAAGAAUGAAAUAUAGCCAGGUCAGUGUGUUGGCUUCAGAAGCUAUGCAUGCAGCAUGCAAACACCCAACUUUGUGGGAUCAUUUACAGGAGAGUUUGAAGACCGUGAUAGCUAAGAGCCAUGAGUAUGAUCAGCUAAAGGAAAAUUUGAGUAAGAAAACGGAUGAUCUUAGUACUUGUGCAAUUGAAUAUGUAGACGAUGGUGAAGGCAACAUAGUUGAAGUUCAUGAUCCUAUUAAAGUAUCAACGAAAGGUGCAACUAAGGUAGAUGAGAACCGCCCUAUGUCGAAAAAUGGUAGGCCACUUUCGUACGACGAGAUCAGAAUCAGAAGCGUGGUGGGCGAAGAAGAGUAG